GGUCUAAACGUUUGUAUGCCAUUAGACGUCAGAACAUGGUGCGCAUGCGUAAAGGAGACUAAAGUGCGCAGGCUGAGGCAGGUGAGCUGCGACAGGUGUAUCCCGGAAGCUAUAGAGAAAAAAGUCAACAAAAUCAGCCAAAUCCCAGCCACAAUGUCUCAGGACAACCUGCAGCAGGAAUUUCAGAACCAGGUCAAUGAUGUUUUCACCCGGCUGCAGAACAAGCAGAUGUUUCAGUCAGACUGGGACAUCGCCUCCUUCGCCAUUUUCUUCAUCUUCAUCGGUAUGGUUCUGCUGCUCAUCAUUCUGGUUCUCAUUCGCUGCUGUUGCUGCUGCUGCCUUUGUGAUGAAAAGCCCAAAAGACAUAAAGUGGGAAUCGACAACAUGGCACUGGAGCCAUAAAGCUGGAGACUGGAGCCCAGCGUAUACCUGAUGCCUUUCAAAAUACUCUUUAAUAAUGUUUUUAUACCUGCAAUUUUUCACAUAACACUUCUGAAUAUACCACGUGUCAGAGAAAGGAGAAAGAUGAGGAAAUGAACAGAACAGGUUUUAAAAGGUGAAGGUCGACACCCACACUGUAAAUAUGAUGGAUGAAUAUUUACUGUAGUCGAAUUGAACUUAUCGUUUACAAUGACUGACUGAUUUUUAAAUGUAUAUGCACUUUCAUCUGUAACUUUACUCUACUUCCUGCUUGCUUUAUAGAUAUAUUUAUGAUUGUCUGUGUAACAAACAAGUACAAUAAACUGUACUGUACUAUGCAGUGUGGCAUGUUGAUUGGCUUUGAGAAGCACAUAGGUUUAUUUAGCUGUGCUUUUCAACACUGUCUUGUCUUUCUCGCUGUGUGUACAGAUCUGUUUAAAUCCAUCUGAAGGUGCAUCUUCUAGGAGUGUAAUCAUUCUCUCUAGUGAGAACAGCAUAGAAAAAUUCGGCCACUAAGCAUCUUAACUAGAGAUCCAUUGAGUAAUGUAACUGCUGAAAUCAAUGUAAGGUUCUAUAAAUGAAAAAUAUCAACAGAGGUUUUUAGAAUUUGACACAAAGGAAAUAUUAAAAC